AUGAGUGACAAGCGACUUUCGACGGUUGAUCCGCUCUCUUUAGCAAUUGAAGAAUGUACAUUCAUUACUUCUGUUAUGAGGAAGUCCACAAAGUCGGCAUCCAGUGGGCCAUUAUCUACACUUCUUGGGACACAAUUUGGCAAAGAGAGUACACCAUAUGGUGAGGACGAGGGAUCAACACGUCUCUCAGCCUUUUUGAAGUCUGGAAACAAGAUCAAAGAGGAUGAUCACUUUCUAAGUGGAUUCAUCGAGUUGCGAUCUAUGCUGAGCGAACUGAAAACAAUCAAUGACAUUGAUAUGUUGACACUCCUCCAACCGUUCCUUCUUCUGAUCAAAUCACCUAUCACAUCUGGCUACAUAACGGACAUUGCGGUAAGUUCUUUGUCUAAGUUUGUCAGGUAUGGAAUUGUGAACGAGAAUUGUGCGAACAUUUUUCAAUGCUUGGGUCAAAUAGUUUCCGCGCUGUCACACUGUCGUUUUGAGGGGUCCGACCAAACACAAGAUGACAUUUUGCUGAUCAAGAUAAUUCAGCUAUUGGAGUUGAUAGUUACGUCUAAUCUGGGUGACCUCCUAACCGAUGACUCAAUGUAUGAAUCUGUUUCGACAUGUUUUUCCUUAGCAAUUAAUACCAGGAGACGUGAAAUCCUCAGAAGCGCCGCAGAGACCUCUCUUAUUGGUAUAACCGAGAAAAUAUUCACCAAAUUGAGAUACAUCCAAAUCGAUUCUGGGAUUGACCACAAUGUCAAAACAACUGAGGUUGAACUAACUGCCACGACAGAAACUGGAGAACUACCUAACGAUAUCAUAGGAGGUACCGAGUAUGGUGAAAGUCAUGAUUGCGCUGUCAAGGAUAAAGUGAGUGCAGACGAACUGGCUGAGACUGGAAUACAAGUCAGAAAUAGCCAGGAGAGCAGCAACUCUAGUGCACAGUUAGAUCAUGAUGGUUCUCAAGAUCAUAAAAGUUAUGGCGACGAUCAAAGUUAUUCAACCGCGGGAAAAACAAAUCUUCCGAUUGCCGAUGAUGAUCAACUUCCAUUUGGAAUUCCUUGUAUGAAGGAAUAUAUGAACCACACGAUUGAAAUAUUAUCCCCAGAUAAUCAGUUCAGAUUUACCGAAAGUUCUAGGGUGUUGGCACUGAACAUACUUAACACCAUUGUGGAGGUCUCUGGUGGUGUCAUAGUCCAUCAUCCUUCUCUUUUCCAAUUAAUCUCGGAUAGAGCUUGUCAUCAUCUGGUACAGCUCGUUCAAACUGCGGACUCUCCCUACUUGCUUACUCUCGCAAUGAAGCUCUUCCUGAAUUUGACUCUCACUAUGAACCAUUAUCUGAAGAUACAGAUUGAACUUCUUAUGACUACAAUAUUUCAAUGUAUGGUGGCCGAUUCGAAGAUGUUGGUCAAUGAUUUGGAUAGAAAUGUUGAGAGGAUCUUUGAAAUGGGACAAAAAGGAACUUUCGAGGUCGAACCAUUGAGUGCAAAAGAGAUCGAGGAACUUGGAGCUGAAUUUCAUACAGGAAAACUCCCCGUGAUCAAAGAGAUAUUGGCGGAAACUUUGAGUGUAUUAUGGGUACGCUCACCUUUAUUCUUCAAUUCAUUAUUCCAGUCAUAUGAUUGCGACUUUGAUAGAUCUGACAUGGCAGAAUCGCUGCUGAAAUUACUCUGUCGGUUGUCGGCAUCUGAAGUCACGCUGUUUACUACUUCCAAUGUACCUUCCAUCUGUAUGGAAGGUGUUGUUUCGUUUGUGGACGGUGUCUACGAGCGCACCAGAACAGCUUCCAAAGCUAACAUUGAGUUUGAAAAACUUCAACCAAACCAACUGGUUCUGCAACAAAUUAAGAAAUCUGACUUUAUUGAAUGUACCAAAAAGUGGAACGAAAAGCCGCAAAAGGGACUUGAGAUGCUUCAGGAAAAAGGAUUCAUUCAUGAUAUAAAUGAUGUGAGCGAGGUCUCCAGAUUCCUUUUUGAGAAAUCCGGAAGAAUUGACAAAAAGAAGCUGGGCGAACUGCUAGCCAAGCCCUCGAAUACUGAGCUGCUGAAGGAAUUCGUCAAAUUACUUGAUUUCCGAAACUUAAGACCAGAUGAGGCGCUGAGAAUGUUGUUGAACAAUUUUAGAUUGCCAGGAGAAGCACAGCAAAUUGAAAGAAUUAUUGAAGCGUUCAACGAAAGAUACAUUGCAUGUCAGGAUUCGGAAGCUAUAUCACCAACUGCAGAAGAUGGCGACGAGAAAGUCACCCCAGACCAGGACUCGCUGUUGGUCCUUUCUUUCUCAAUCAUCAUGCUGAACACAGAUCUUCAUAACCCAAAUGUGAAAAAGCCAAUGACUCUGGAAGAUUAUCAACGCAACCUCAGAGGGUGCUACAAGGGAAAAGAUUUUCCCGAAUGGUAUACUGAAAAAAUCUAUCACUCCAUUAGAGAAAAAGAAAUCAUCAUGCCGGAAGAGCAUCGGGGGACUUCAAAAUGGUAUGAAACUGUCUGGCAUUCUCUCAUUGCGGAGCAGGCUACCAAGAUGCUAAGUGACGACGUCAUUGUUCGGGAAGAUGAUAACUUAGAAGAUUCUCUCCAAUUCGACAAGGUAUUGUUUGAAAAGACAAGCAAAUAUAUCGUCAGCACACUGGUCACAAUGUUUGAUGAUGCUACUCAUGACAGCGUUGUUACAAGAAUGAUCUCAACCGUCGAAAAAUGUGCUGCAAUUGCGUCAUACUUUGAUAUGAGGGACUUAGUUGAUCACAUUAUUGAAAUUGUUGCACAUUUGACAACUCUUACCGGCGUCAAACCUUCUGAGUUUGCUUUGGAAUCCAGAGAAUCUCUUCCUAUCACUGAGCUCAGGCUUGAAAAAGAAAAUGAGACAAUCACUGUCAGUUAUUUAUCGGUUCUCUUUGGACGAGAUUUUCGUGCUCAAUUGAGCACCCUUGUGCUUUUCCGCAUUUUGAAGAAAUCCAAUUUUAGAGUGUCAAAGCACUGGGAUUUUCUUGUGAAAAUUGUAUUAACUCUUUUCGAGAACGGACUGAUUGAGCCAAAUCUGUUUCCUGAAUUCCAGAAAAGGAUUGGUUUGGGUAAACUGUCAAAACCAAAACCAGAAUUUCAAUUUAGUCGCACUAAGGCCCUGAAAGACAACGGUUUAUUUUCCACUUUCUCUUCUUACCUGAAAGGCCUUUCUGAUGAUACUCCCGAACCUACAGACGAAGAGAUUGAGUGUACUCUUUCAGCCAUGGAGUGUAUUAAGACAAGCAACAUCAGUUCUCUGUUCAGAAGCGUUAGCAAAACGUCACCUGAAAAUAUUAAUGCUCUGGUAUCAAUUUUGCUGAAAUCAAUUCCAAAGAAAGAAAAGACCGAUCCUCGGCUUUUCAUACCCGAGACUCUAUUUAUUCUGGAGAUUUGUGUUUGCUAUCUGUUAUUGACUGGAGACUCGAAGCUUGUCGUUGAAAUACUGAAUCUAUGUGACGAGAUUUUCAGUCCCGCAGAAGACUUUAGGAUGGGCUGCCUAGUCAGGGUGAAUGCUUACAAACUUCUGUUGUUGCACAACGGAGACGACUCGAAUGUCGAUCUUCUCAAUAGUACUAUUGACAAGUUCUAUGAUAUUGCUGACAAAAAUCGAGACGCUCUGAUGAAGUACGGAUCAGUAAUUCUGCAUCCGCUACAAAUGUUGAUUCUAGUGAAAGGCACAUGGUGUCAAAAAAUUUUGGCAAGGAAUAGCAAGUACUGGUCUCUGAUCCGCAUAUUUGCUUCUUCCCCAAAAAAUACGGAGCUCGUUUAUCAGUUCAUGCGCAAUCUUGUGGAAACCCUCCCUGAGAUAAUCACAUAUCAAAAUUAUAUGGAUGUUUUGGGUCUGCUUGACGAAAUUUCGGCAGUUGGCGCGUAUGGAGCACAAUGGGAGCAAGAAUAUGAUAAACUCAUUGCAAGUGGCCAUAAGGUAGAGAAAAACAAAAAUCCAUUCCAGGAGUUGGUGGCAACGGCUACAAAGUCAAUCACGUUGACCUUAGGAUUAACAAAGCUGUUCGAUUCAAGCGACUUUAGAUCCACAGUCCCGAAUGAUACCGAUAGUUCAUCUAUUUGGUAUCCUUUGAUUGAAGCGAUUGCUCAUCAGUGCUACAACCCAUGCAGAGAGCUGAGAUCUCACGCUUUGAAAGCACUGACAACAUUGCUUAUUUCUUCCGAUUUACCGCUGGAUUCUCUCUCUCCUGAGUUGGUCUUGGAUGCGGGUUGUAUACGUUUGUUACUUGAGUUGCUAAAGCCAGAUGUGGAAGGCACAGAUGCAGAGGGAAUGAUCAAAACACAACACGAUGUGCUCAAUUUAACUUGCAAGGUGAUCCUAAUCUACAAAUUCACAGACGUUAAUGCGGUCAUCAGUAAAGUUCUGGCUAUUUCUUCUAAGUUCAUUGUCAAAAAUCGUCAUCGUCAGAACUUUAAGGAUGAGGUGCUUGAAUUUCUGAAAAAUAUGUUACUUGUUAAGAAAGAGCAAGUGUCUUUGGAAAAUUUAGAGAAGCUACAAAUUGAUAAAUCCUUGAAGCAGAUGAUCGACGGAAUAAGGGAAGCGGAGGAUACAGAUGGGAAAGAGAACCUCAAAAGCAGUACACAAGAAUAG